CUAAUAUAAAAAAUGGUUUAACAUCAAAAGACUUAUUAAUAAAUAAAAGUUUUCCUAAUGUUGGUAGUUUUGAGAAUAAUAAUAAUUCAAAUCUUGAGGAUGUUGAAGACAAUACUAAUAGUGAACUAAGCAGUAAUAAUAAAGACAACUUUGAGAAUACUAGUGAUCAAUAG